GUCAGCCCCCGCCGGUGCACCACAGCCCGCGGCCCGGCCGCCCGUGGCUGCCCGCGACGCGGACCGCGGACGCGGACGCCGACGACCUGCUCUUGCGCUUCCUGGGCGCGAUGGAGGAUCAGGGGGGCGUGGACCUGUACCCCGCCCAGGAGGAGGCAGUCGUCGAGAUCUUUGGCGGCUGCCACGUUGUCCUCGACACGCCCACGGGCAGCGGGAAGUCGCUCGUGGCCGUGGCCGCGUUCUUCAAGGCCCUCGGCGAGGGGCGGCGGGCGUACUACACGUCUCCCACAAAGGCGCUCGCGAGCGAGAAGUUCUUCGACCUAUGCCGCUUCUUCGGCCCUGGGGAGGUCGGCAUGGCCACCGGCGACGUGUCGGUCAACACGCGCGCAUCGCUCAUUUGUUGCACGCAGGAGGUGCUGGCGAUGAUCGCCCUGCGCGACGGGGAAGCAGCUCGGGUCGACUGCGUAGUCAUGGACGAGUUCCACUACUACGGCGACCCCUCGCGCGGCGCCGCCUGGGAGAUCCCGCUCUGGCGCCUGCCCCGUGCCUCCUUCCUGCUGAUGUCUGGCACGCUGGGCGAGAACUCGGGCCUGUAUGCCGCCAUCGAGGACUGCACGGGCAGGCCUCUGCGAGUCGUGUCCUCGCAGCAGAGGCCAGUGCCGCUGGAUUACUCGUACUCGGACUUGUCGGUGACGGCAAGGCUCCGGGAGCUGAAGCGCGAGGGGAAGUGCCCGGCCUACGUGGUGCACUUCUCGCACCGCGAGGCGCUCUCCACCGCCCAGCAGCUCGCCAACGACCCCGCGUUGGAGCUCCCAGGGGCGCAGCUGGCAGCGCUGCGCGCCGCCGUGGACGCGGUCGACUUCUCGUCGCCCUUCGGCGCCUGCCUGCGGCAGCUGCUGCUCCGGGGCGUGGGCGUGCACCACGCCGGGGUUCUGCCGCGGUACAGGCGGCUGGUGGAGCAGCUGGCCCAGGCGUCCCUCCUGGUCUUCGUGUGCGGGACGGACACCCUCGGAGUGGGCGUGAACGUGCCGAUCCGCAGCGUUCUCUUCACGAGGCUCUGCAAGUUCACCGGGGAGGAGACCGACAUCCUGGACGCCCGCAGCUUCCACCAGAUCGCCGGCCGGGCUGGCCGCAGGGGCUUCGACGACCGCGGCGAGGUCGCAGCCGUGGCUCCAGAGUGGGAGGUGUAUAACAGGGAGCUUCGCGAGCGCAUCGCGCGGGGCGAGCGGGUGCUGCCGCAAUGGAGGCGGCCGCCUCGCCAGAACUACAGGCACUGGACGCGGUCCACGUUCGACAGGCUCCAGCGCAGCAGUCCAGGCGCGCUGCGGUCCUCCUUUCGGCUGUCCAUGGCGCAGGUCCUGAGCGUGCUGCAGGGCGCCGAGGAGCGGGGGACGGACGGACCUGCAGAGCUGCGUCAGCUCGUGGACCGUGCGCAGUGCGGGCACGGCGAGCGGCGCUACUGGCACCGACAGGUGGCUACAUUUUCUGAGCUCUUCGGCCAGGGCAGCAGCUUUGCGACUACGCCCAGCAGGAUAGCCGCUGCAGGCAGCGGUGCUGCCGAGAGGUCUCCUGGAUCCAACGAAGGCGAGGCGCAGCCAGUGACGGCACCGCUCCUGCUGCAGCAGGCCCCAGCGCCUACGGACGACGCCUCGGUGUUCUUCGCCCGCGCACUGCCACGGCUCGAGGCCGAACUGGGGAAGCACGCCGCGCUUGCGGCGCUGGCGGCCGUCGAGGCCAUGUGCCAGGUGCCAGAGUCGCUGGGUCGCAUGUUGCGCACCAGGGGCCCAUCGGGACCGACGCCACCACGCGGCGAAGCCCCACGGCGGGAGGACGGGCAGACCCCGGACGCCGAGGCUUUCGCGUGCCCCCCUGAGGUGGCUGCCGUGCUGUGCCGCGAGUUCGUGGCCUUCAGGACCACUCACCCGUGGGUGCCCGAGGGCGCGUUGCAGCCGAAGGGCCUGGCCAGAGAGAUGGUGUCGAGGGGCUUGGACUUCACGGGCCUCGUGCAGCGCCUCGGGGAUCACGCGCGCAGCGACACGGCCGUGACCAGCGAGGGCGCCAUCCUGCGAUACCUCUCGGACGUGUACCGCACGAUGCGCUGCAGCGUGCCAGAGGCUGUCAAGACACCCGGCAUCCGUCGGGUGCAGAGUCUCCUCCGGGCCGCGGUGGCUUCGGUAGACUCCAGCCUCCUCGACGAGUGGGAGUCCCUGAAGGCCAUCGAGGACGGGGACGCCGCCGCCGAAGCUGGGAGCAGCGACGGACAAGCUCGCGAAGACGUGGCCGGCGGUGGCACCAUGGUGCCGGCCCGCGCCAGCGGCUCGGUACGCCCGCGGCGCUCGGAGCCAGAGCUCCGGGACCUCGUGCGGAGCGUGCGGCGCCGGGUCGAGCAGCAGAGGCGGCGGCGCGACGCCGAGGCGCAGGCCAGGGCCAGGAGCCUCUCCGGACGCCUCCGGCGGCUGGGCUCCGCCGCCCUGGGUGCCGCUGAGCGUGUCUGGCACAGCGUGAUCGGUGCGGUCUGGUGAGGCGGCCCAAAAAGUCGCGCGAUGGUCCUCAGGGCGCGUGUCAGCACCGUGCUCGUCUGGCCCGCUCAGCUCCACCAGUUGCACGCGGCCUGACUCCGCCCCCAUUGCGUUGCCUGUGC